CGAUGAACACAUCCGUCAUCCGCCGCCAUUUGCGAGAGGUCGAUCGCUGCUCCGCAGCGCGAGUGUCAUCGUUUUGAUUAUGACGAGUGUUUAAUUUGUUAUUUUCAAUAAAACUGUGACUCAGUGCCGGUUAAUAAUCAGUUACAAUGAUUGUGAGAGUUUUAGGCGUUUUGUGCGUCGGAGUUUUGGUGGCUUCGGUGCGUAAUGUCGAAGGAAACAACGACAAUGAAGAUGUGCCGUACUUGGAGCUGGCGGAACCGGAAGAGGGCUAUCACGGGCUGAUCCGGGAGAACGAGACCCUCGUGGAGGUGACCCCGGCGAUCAGGGCCCGGGGCCCGCUCUGCUCCUUCCUCAUUCUGAACAAUAAGCAUCACGGUGAAGCUCCUUUUGAGAUAAUGGUGAUAGACGAGAACGAAGCGCGACUUCGCGUCCGCUUCCCCCUCAACUGCGAGAAGCGACGCAACUACAAGUUUGACAUCGCCGCUGUGGGCUGCGACGGGUCUUAUUCUAACACGGUACCGGUCCACAUCACAGUGACCGAUGUGAACGAAUACGCGCCUGUCUUCAACCAGGCGUCGUACGUGAAGGCGGUGGACGAGGGCAGGCUGUACGACGAGAUACUCAGGGUGGAGGCCACUGACAAGGACUGCACGCCCAGGUUCGGCGAUGUCUGCAAGUAUGAGAUCCUGACUGAGAAGAGCCAGCCCUUCACCAUUGAUAACGAAGGAGUGAUAAGAAACACUGAGCCCCUGGACUACGAGAAGUCCCACAACCACAUCCUGUCGGUGGUGGCCUACGACUGCGGCAUGAUGCAGUCGGCGCCUGUCAUGGUCACCGUCAAGGUCAACAAGCCCUGCCGACCUGGAUGGAAAGGAAUUGCUGAACGAGUGGACUAUGCCCCGGGCACUGGACCCUUGGCUCUGUUCCCAGCUGCCCGCCUGGAAGCCUGCACGUCCGACGAGCGCUGCCCUGGCGUCACCAGGAUCCAGGCCACUGUCACACUCCAGGCCUCCCACCAGGGCACCGGCUGCGACCGAGAUACUUACUCCCUUCAUUCCCAGAGGACUAUUUGUGGCUUGGACCCGAAGACCAUCGACUUGCUGCCUAGCCCGGGAGCUGGCAACGAAUGGGCCAAGUCUCUCAAACCCGACUCAGGACGCGACGGCGAGCAAAUGUUCGAAUUCGACGGCGAGACCACCUCGGCCAUCGUCCCGGAGACGCUGCUUCCUCACCAGCUCGCCGGCAGCUUCGCCGUCUCCGUGUGGAUGAGGCACGCCGCCUCCCCUGACCAGGACAAACAUCGCAAGGAGCAUGUCUUGUGUUUGGCUGAUGAUCAUAAAAUGAACCGCCACCACUACGCCCUCUUCGUCCGGAACUGCCGGCUCAUUCUGCUGCUGAGGCGUGACUUCGGAGACGGUGACUUGAACAUCUUCAGGCCUGCGGAGUGGCGGUGGAAGAUACCUGAGGUGUGCGACAACGAGUGGCAUCACUACGCGAUCAACGUUCGAUUCCCGAACGUGGAGCUGUUCGUGGACGGGGAGCCCUACCGCGCCGACGGCAAGGGGCCCGAGGUCAUCGACGACUGGCCGCUACACCCGGCCCACGGGGUCAACACUACCAUGGUCGUAGGCGCUUGUUGGCAAGGGACAGAAAGCGACAUGAAGCACCACCUUCGCGGCUGGCUGGCCGGCCUGGGCGUGCUGCGCGGCGCCGUCCAGCCCACCAGAGCCCUGCAGUGCGUGGCGCGCUGCCGCGAGGGCCUCAGCCUGGCGCCGGAGCUGUACCUGCGCUCCGUGGCCGUGGAGGGCGACGGCGUGGCGGACGUGGAGACGCUGCUGCGGCGCGUGGCGUACGGCGACGGGCGCGCCUUCCCCACGCCGGGCCGCCGCAACGUCCACGUCUCCACCACCGUCACCUGCGACAGCGGCCGCGUGCUGAGCGCGCGCCCCGCAGACUCCUACAUCAUGGUGCUCCAGCCACAGACCCCCACCAUUUUGUUAAACGGCUCCUCGGACGCGGCGCGGGAUUACGCCCAUUUCAGGGCCGGCUUGAGGGUGUUCCCGGAUUUGAUGGUCAAUGUGGUGGUGGCCGAUUCUGAUGCGGCUCAGAGGCUGGACUCGUGCGUGGUGUCAGUGUACCCGGCCCUGAACCCGGACCACGAGGCGCUGAUGCUGAGGGAUGCGGCCGAUUUGCCGCUCAAGUACGAUAUAAAGGCGGCCGUGACCAGGGAUGGAGUGAUACUGACUGGCGCCGAUUCAGUGCGUAAUUAUCAGAAGGUUCUCCGCGAGAUCGAGUAUAGCAACAAAAAGCCGGCGUAUUACUUGAACCGCGUGUUCAAGCUGACAUGCUCGGAGCUGAACGGGCGGUUCACCAGCAACGAAUACGUGCAAACGCUAACCGUGGUGCACCCCCACAUGUCGGGCGAGCCGCUGUCCCGCGAGUUACACCCCAGCGGCAUGGCCGACAAGAUGGACGCCGUCCGGGACAAACAGCCAUCGCACCCGCACCACGUGUCCGUGAGCCAGCUGACGCCGCGCGUGUUCGCUGCGCACGCGCUGCGGGACGCGCACGCCGCCGACCUGCCCGCCGCGCGCGUGCGCGACCUCCACGCCGACGGCGCGCAGCCCGCCAACCACGUGGCCCUGGUGAUCGGCGUGGUGUCGUGCGGCGUGGUGGUGGUGCUGGCGGUGGCGGGCGCGGCGCGGCUGCGCACGCGCACCCCGCCCCGCCGCGCCCCGCCGCGCCGCGCCGCGCCCGCGCCCGACGCCGAGAUGGCGUGGGACGACUCCGCACUGACCAUCACUGUCAAUCCGAUGGAUGAGACGGCAGCCCCGACUUGUGGCACUCACGAGUCGUCCGACGGCUCGUCGUGCUCCGACUCCGACUCCGACCGACACGACUCCUCCGACGAGGACGACGACGGCAACGACGGGAGAGUUAUGUCCGGUAAACAACACAAGUACAGGAACAUCAGCCAGCUAGAGUGGGACAACAGCACGAUGUAAUGCGCCCGUCUCGCUCGCACGCCGCGUCACUACGCACGCCGUCUCUUUCGCACACCACCCCGCGUUCCCGACGACAAAGUUUGAACGGCACAGUGUGUUGCAACCUUUAUCGUUUCAAAAUUGGAAUGUUCAAUGUUUAAAUGUAUCUUGGAAUGUAGGCUCGGAGUUUGAAAUGUGAAAAAUAAAAUUGAUUUAUUAAUAAUUGAUGUAAGUAUUGGCAUAAAUUGAAAGUUUCUUGGAAUGUGGGUUCGUAUUUUGAAAUGUAAAAAAAUAUAUGUAUUGUGAAGAACUGCGUGUACUUUUUUAAACGUUAGUUAAAGGUAGGAACACACUGCGUCGAUGUUAUCUGAUUUAGGUCUAAACUGUAUUUACAGCUACUCCUGUGAUCAUAUUAGAAAUUAUUUGAAACCCCAUUCGUUAUUUUAAAGGUAAUUACAACUAUAUCGAUUAUGUGAUGCUGGUUUUUAUCAAAUUUAUGUUUUUCUUUUUUUUUUAAUUUGUAGCAUAUUGUUCUGUCUUAAUAUAAAUGGGAACAAUUUUGAAUGUUAGCGCACAGUGAUAAGGCCUACAUUGGCUUGUCGGAAGGAAUGCGGUGGUUCUUCAUGGAAUUGAUUUUUUUUACAGUGCAUUUAAAGUUCACAAACAGAGUAAGACAUUUUUAUAGUUUUUGAGACAAAUGGCAAAUUAAUUACAUUAAAAAUGGCGAAAUUUUGUAUUGUACAUACAAUACUUCAAAUCGUGUUGAUAAAUUCAAUAAAGUGGAAAAAAAGAGUAUUUUACAGUUAAAUAAAAAUUACUUUAAUGCUGUAAUGUAUUUUUAUCAAGUCAAAUCUUUAUCAUUUAAUUAACUAUUUUGAAUGUUUUGCUGUGUUUGUGGUUCCUAAUGACUGCUUGAGCACAAUUCGCGGCACAAUACUGUGACCGUAGCGGGUUCAAAUUCGUUAAAUCGCGAGAAAUUAUAUCUCUGUCCUUUUCCCAUCAUACGACUACAGAAAAGGACAGACAAUUGUAUUGUAAAUGGAAUUGAUUUUUGUUGUAUUUAACAAAAUUUUUGUUUAGAUUGUAAUAUUUAUUAUUUGUUGAUUUCGAAUGAAAAAUCUUAAAUUAAGCGGUGAAGAGACUUAAAUGUGCGAUUUGGAUUACACCCGCAACGGCACACGGUUUAUUUCUAAAACAUAUAUUCUAAGGUCUCAAAAUUGAUCAUAUCAAAUCUUUAUACGUAAACAAGUUUGAUUUCCCGCUUGCUUUCGUAGGACCGAGUUUCUCGUUGUCCUCACUAGAGGGCGCCCUUCAACUCUUUUCUAUACAUUUCUAAGGAAAAAAAAAAUAUGUAAAGCGUAGAUCAUAUUUCGUAUGGAGUUGGAUAAGUAAGUAGUUUGUAAGGUAACACUACUAUUUGUGUAUUAUAUGGACACUACGCGGCAUAUGCUUACUGUUAAAUCCGCUGUACUUUGCUAAGCACAAGUUCUCGACGUGUGGCGCCAUCUAUCCUUAACGCUUCUCUUCGUUUUAAUUACUUAAGACUAAUAUUUUAACACUGUCGAACGCCAUGGCGCCACGCUUAUGAUAUAAUUUCAGUACAAAACGAACAUUUUCGUUUGAUAAAGCAUUUAUUUUGGUACAAAUUCCGUUAUUGUUUUUUUUCGUAGAGUAAUUUUGUCGUCAGACAAAAAAUGUCCAAAAAAAUCUUCUACCCUUUACGAGCUUCUCAACAAAACGGCUUAAAUGUAUAUUAGGCACAGAGUUAUUUGAAAUAAUAAUACAUAGAUUACGAUAAUAUACACAUUAUACAGAUGGUAUCGGUUUAGGAUCAGCUACUAUAUAAUUAUAUAUAUAUAUUUUGAAUGCGUUAAGGGAUUUUUACUAACAAUUAGGUAGUGAGGGCGUCGGCGAGCCCGCUAGUUUAAGUGUAGUUAGGUUUUUAUUUCUCCGUUUUAUCCGCUUGAGGCGCGCCGAGCGCUCGGGUUGCAUUAUCGCUAGUGAUGGGACACACUCGACACUUUGAGACAUUUUUAUUUGGAGACUGAAAGCCACAAAUGAGGUAAUGCAACAGAAAUGUAUGAAUCCAUGUGUCAUUUUUGAAUUAACAAGUCAAUAAUGAUCACUUGAUUUGUUAACUCUUGGGAAGAAUUAAUUAUCAAUGUGUUCUGGUUGCACAGAACAAUAUAUGUGAAUGAGACAAGGCAUACAUUGACAAAAUCGUAAACAAAAACAUACAAUGACACUUAUGAAUCAAGUCGAUAUUCGAUUCUUGACUUUAAAACUCAGAUGAUUCCAAAGACAUCAACGUCUCAAAAUAUCGAGUUUUCCCAUCACUUAUUAUUGCAUAUCAUGGACAGUUUGCCAUAUUAGCAUAGAUUAUGUGUGUAAGUGGACACUGACUGUAAUUACACCGUUAAGCAAUCGUUGUGGACAUAAUCAUUGAUGUAAUCCGUCUUUAGACAUGUCAAGUGUUGUUCGUUUUCGUCAUCGUCACUCGACGCCCUGAGUUGGACUGCCAGUGUUGUUGCACGAUAUUUUUUUUAACGCCCGACAGACUGUCGGUAAUAUUUUUGACAGUUAUCAACCCUACCACCCAUUAUGCAUGAUAGAAAAUACGAAGCCUACAAAGGAGGAUAUCUCGUAGAGUCCUGCAUUAAAUCUCAUGCUAUUGGUUGACAAUUCAUAUGUCAUCAUUUGACAGCUGUCAAAACUAGUGACGCACAUCGUCGGGCGGAGUUGUGUGUUUGGGGAGCCACUAUAGAUUCACAAUAUUCAAAGUAGUCAAAGAACAAUUGUAGUGCCAUCGUGGAGAUCUUCUUGGUUGGUUUUUCUUGUUUGUAACGUGUUACAAUCCCUGGACACAUGCUCGCCGUUGAUUUUAUAUUAUGAGUACCAUGUUGUAGCGUUGUGUUUAUUCUUAUUUACUCGACUACCGUCCAACCCGAUUUAGUUGUUUGAUAUCAUCUCAAAAUUUCGCUUGGUUUGUGCGCGCAUGGGUGAAACAGUGAACGGAAUUCUGAAAUUAUUUACUUUGUAACGUCUUAAAAAGAUGAAACAAUUUCAUAAAAAGCAUCAUUUGCAUUAUCGACUUGAACCGAUUUUUAGUAUUUUAUCGAUAGCCGGUCUAUCGACAUAUUAGCAUCACUAGUGAAUAUCGUAUAACCUCACGCACUCAUGCACACAUAACCUCGCAACAAGAGAUGUGUUAAUUUUAUAUGAUUUUUUUUAUUGUGUGACUCGGCUCGAAUGCCCAGGCCCUAGGUUCGAUUGUCGACAGAGUAUUACACAAGGUAGCUAUUUUUAUGUAUUCUCUUUUCGUAUUAUUAUUUUACUUCUUUUUGUAUUAUCGCGGUAUUAUUACUGUAUACUUAGAAACUUCUUUGAUGUAUGGAUUAUUAUAUUUUAGCUAAAAAUAAAGUUGGUUUAAAAUUA